AAAAGAGCGCUUCGGGGUUUGAAUUUUUUUUUGUCCUUCCUCCUCUGCUGAGCACUUUCUCUUCUUGUAAAGAAAGGAAGAGUCCCCUAAAAAGUGCCAGACGGAUAGAAAACAAUCAUUUCUGCUCCUUUACUUCUUUUGCAGAAUUAAAAGAAAACCCUUCUUUUUUGAUUUCGUUGUUUAAAGGAAGAAGCAAUUAUCAAAAUCACUUCGUAUUAUUGUUAAACGUUAUACGAACCAUUUCCCACAUCGGUAUUUUGUCUGUGUUUUAUUCGCGAGCCAACCAAACCCUGCACAGCUGCUGUUCUGUCCAUUGUGUACGUCUGUGAAUUGUCCGAAGGGUCUAAGAAGAGCCCACGAGCCAACUUUCCUUGUUGAUUUGUCACUAUGAGUAGCGAUCUACAAGUGGCACCACCGCCGGUGCUGAAACCAAACGCGAAGCAUAUCUCGAGAGCAUGCUUAGAGUGCCGUCAUCGUCACGUCAGAUGUGACGGAGGUUCACCAAAGUGUUCACGCUGUACCAAGAAUGGUAAGGAGUGCUCAUACGUCAAGAGUCACAGAGGAGGCUCUCGGAAAAAAGGUGUUAAGAAGGCCAAGCUGAACCCUCUGGAAGCCGAGCGCACUCUGGAACAACGGAGAUUGGAGUUGCCAUGUGUUGGAGCCGAUGGUAAAGUUGGGUCCUGUCCAAAUGGACACACCGAGUCUUCAUGUGCGCUCCUUGCUGACAACAACUUUGAAGGACUCGAUAAGUUGCCAUGCCACUUGAAGGACAACAACGCAAGAACGCAGGUAACGUUUGAAACCAUGCGUAGGGCCACUUCCAAUGGGACUUAUCUUAAACAGCAGUUUGACGUUGAUGCCGUUCUCCAUAAUUACUAUGCGAAAUUCCACAACGCCCACCCGGUAUUACCACCGUUGUCACACAUGAACGAGUUCCUGGAACGCUCUGAUAACCCUAAGGAGCUGCUUGCGGUGAUGAAGAUCAUCGGGGACGGCUAUACAACGUCAAAGUACGCAAAGGAUAUAAAUGCGGUGUUUGACGUUGCCAUGGAAAUAUCCAGCUUGAUCAACUCAGGUCCCAAGGACCUCAUCUCCCUUCAAACAUUGAUACUCGUGUCGCUUGUAUGCCACAUAUCGGCGUUGCACGAUUUCAGCACAACGCUGAGGAAGCAGGCCAUUGAGCUUGCGCUGACCUUGGAUAUAAACAACCUCGAUAUCGAACGCUUUGUCGGUGAAGAUAUCAACGGGAAUGUGUUAAAAGAUGCGGGUAAUAGGAACACAAAUGGAUUGACACCAUCCGGUUCCUCUACAGAGGAACUGAAUGUCAAUUUUUUCAACACUCAAAGAGUGCGUAAUUUAGAGGAAGUUUGCUUGAAGGACUGUGCUAGACGUUGCUUCUGGGAGCUGUUCUUUUUGGACAUUAUCAUUGGGUGUGCCGAUGGUAAAACCCUGUCCACUUUGGCCCAGAAACAGUGCUUUGUCAACUACCCUUCAGACCCACCAAGGGCGAAAUUUGACUACGAGACAAGAGCACACUGUUCAAAACUCGUUGAUGAAUCUGUACGGCUUAAUAACAUUAUCUUCUCCAACAUGUCCAUUGGCCAACAGUAUACCAAGCUCACGGCUUCGUUGUCUAACUGGGAAUUGAAGUUCUCUAACCCUGACUUCUACCAACUUCCCUACUUGAUCGACCAAAAUGGAACAGUGAAUGAAGGUGUCCAUCAGGGAAUUAUCAUGCUCAACUAUGCAAAGAUCUUUACACACAGACCACUUUCCUUCCUCUGGAGAUCUGAUAUCCCAAGGAAUUUGAAAUGUGUGGAGUUCUUGAGUGACCAGUUGAAAAACGACAACGAUAACUGUCAAGAUUUACCAACUCAGAAGGAUUUGAUAAACUCCAGAAAGAUCAUUGAGACAAGAAAGACCAUUGACGCCGCUAACUCUAUUGCUAAGACCCUGAUUGACACCAACCCUGUGGACGUCUUGAAGAGAACACCCCUAAGCGCAUGUUCGAUGGCCUUUGCAGGAUUGGUCCAUUUGUCGGCAUAUCUAUGGUCAUCUCAAAUCGUCCAAACUCAGGAACAGCACAAUCUAAACAUCUGUGAUCUGAACAUAUAUGAGGAAUACCUGAAACUCGAGUUGUCAGGAAUUUACCAGAUUUCGACGCAUUUCUACUUGAGUGCGAAGAUUGCAAACUACCUGAUGGAUAACGUUCAGAGACUACUACCAUCACUCUAUUCAAAGAUACAGCAUCAUUUCAAGCACUAUUCAAACGCAAGAGAUCCACCAGCCACAAUCACUAGAUCACCAAAUGCAAUAAUACCGAUGAAUGAAUCGCCGUCUAUGAAUUCAAACGAGGCACUCUCAAACAACAUCACGUAUAGCCUCGCUAUGGAGGGUAAUUCCAGCUCAGAUAAGAAUUUCAGCUUGACAACACCUUCUUCGGAUGAACCACCUAGUCCACAGAGUGAUACCGGUUGUAAUUGGAUUGAUAAGAAUCAAAUGGACUUUGACUUCUCGAAUAUGGAGUUUGGUGGUUUUGACAUCGACUCCUUGAAUGCUAUCGAGGAGCUGUUCAAAGUGAAUAACUAGUACAGGCUUAUUUGUGUGUGUCUUUUUUUCUUCUUCUGGUGGCAUUAGAGUGAUAUUAAAAUUAUAUAUUUAACGAGGAUAUGAGAAUUGUUUUAUUAUAAAUAUACACGUAGGAUCUG